GCGCACGCGCGUUUUAGAAUAAACGAGAAAUUCGAAAAUUUACAAAACAUACCGAAGUAAAUAAGCAUUUCCUUCAAAGUAGCUUAGUUUGACUCAAAACAGGAGAGAGGGCACGGCUUAAGCCGGUAGCUGCUGGGAUGAGCGCAACAGAACUGAAAGAACAAGGAAACAGGCUUUUCGGAGCGAAACAAUUUGACGACGCGAUUCAGUGUUACACUAAAGCUAUCUUAAAGAAUCCUACAGUUCCAACAUAUUUCACCAAUCGAGCUUUGUGUCACUUGAAGCUAAAAAAAUGGGGGCAAGUUGUUUCUGAUUGCCGCCAGGCAUUGGAGCUUGAUGCAAAUCUGGUGAAGGGACAUUUCUUUAAUGGUCAGGCUUUGAUAGAGCAAGAAUGUUACGAUGAAGCAAUAACAUCACUUUUGAAAGCCUUUGAUCUGGCCAAGGAACAAAAGUUGAACUUUGGUGAUGACAUUGCAUGUGCCUUAAGACUAGCAAGAAAAAAGAGGUUCAGUCUUGCAGAAGAGAAGCGAAUAAGUCAAGAGAUAGAGCUACAGGCCUACCUUACGAACCUCAUCAUAGAUGACACACGGAGGUCUGUACUCAAAGUUAAAGAAGAUCCAGAAGUGUCAGAUAAACAGAAAGAGGAACAAACACACAGCAUAGAACAGCAGUCUGAAAAAAGGAUAUCUGUGCUUAAUGAUUUAUUUACUCAAGUGGAUGAAAGAAGGAAGAAGCGAGAGGUGCCUGAUGUACUCUGUGGACGAAUUAGCUUUGAGAUUAUGAAAGACCCCGUUAUUACUCCAAGUGGAAUAACAUAUGAUAGAAAACACAUUGAAGAACAUAUACAGCGAGUUGGUCAUUUUGAUCCUGUAACAAGAACAGAUCUUAAACAAGAACAGCUCAUCCCAAACUUAGCCAUGAAAGAAGUCAUUGACGAAUUUAUCACCAAGAAUGAAUGGGUAGUGGACGAGUACUAAUAUGGGCAAAGCUGAUCACGUGAUUAGUAGUAGUAGAGAGUAUGCCUAGUGCACACUAGUGACAUAACGACUUAACAACAUAGGCGCGCUCUUUUUAGCCCGACUAACAACAUGGACAUACAGUAAUGACAUAAAA